GUGCCGCGCCGGGCCGUCCGCACACAGCACGCUGCACGCGUCACAGCUCAUUCACGCGACCCUACUGUGCGGGAUCGAUAGCGUCGUCGUCAUCGUCGCCGCCGCCGCACGGCAAAGCACGUGUGCAGCAGUGCCGUACUACGGAAACGCCUCCCGGUCCUGCUCUCCCGUUCCCGCGCUGCGCCGCGCGGACGUCAGCUUCCAGUGCGACGUGCGCUCCAGCCGAGUGACUGUGCGUGUAUUUUGUUGACGUUGGUUCAAGUGAUACGUGGUGUAGCCUAACUGGUGAUUGUUGCCGCGACGACUGUCAACACAUCUGCGCCCCUCAGUCGCCACUCCGCUUGAAGGCACCGCUACUGCAGACGACCAACGAUACGACAACGUUUUCACAAGGUUGCCGACGCUGCAGGAGCAGCUGCCUCGCCCUCAGCACUUCCAAGAUUAUGAGAGGGCGGCCAUCUCUCCCCGGUCCUCGCCUGCCGUAUUGAACGAUUAGCAACGGCUGCUGCAGCACGCCACGAGACAGGUGAACUGUGGAGACGCAAAUAGCUUCCUCCAAUUUCUGGGGCCACGAUGCGCCGCCAGGUGUGGUGGGCGGCGCUGCUGUGGCUGGCGGUGUCGGCGCGCGGCGAGCAGCGCUUCGCCAUGGAGCCCCAAGACCAGACCGCCGUCGAGGGCACGCGCGUCACGCUGCCCUGCCGCGUCAUCAACAAGACCGGCAUGCUGCAGUGGACCAAGGACGACUUCGGCCUCGGCACCGACCGCAACCUGUCCGGCUUCGACCGCUACUCCAUGAUCGGCAGCGACGAGGAGGGUGACUACUCGCUUGACAUCUACCCGGUGAUGCUGGACGACGACGCGCGCUAUCAGUGCCAGGUGGGGCCCGGCGCCAACGGGGAGCCGGGCAUCCGCUCCAAGUUCGCGCAGCUGACGGUCCUGGUGCCGCCCGACAGGCCGCGCAUCGUCCAGGGGGACUUCCUCGUCACCACCGAGGACCGCGAGAUAGAGCUCGAGUGCGUCUCCAUGGCGGGAAAGCCCGCCGCAGAGAUAACGUGGAUUGACGGCCUGGGCAACGUACUGCGCGACGGCAUCGAGUACAUCGUGGAGGCGCUGCCCGACGGCCGGCGCUUCACCGCCAAGUCGAUCCUGAAGUUGACGCCCAAGAAGGAGCACCACAACACGACGUUCACGUGCCAGGCGCAGAACACGGCCGAGCGCACCUACAAGAGCGCCCACCUGCGCCUCGAGGUGAAGUACGCGCCCAAGGUGACGCUGGCCGUCGUGGGCAGCAACGGCGCCGCCGCCGGCACGGGCGGCCUCACUGGCAGCCUGGUGGGGGGCGGCGCCGGCGCCGGUGCCAACGGGGGCGGCGGGGGCGGCAUCGGGGGCGGCAUCGCCAGUAUCGGCCACCGCGGCGGCAUCACCGAGGGCGCCGACGUGCGCCUCGCCUGCAAGGCGGACGCCAACCCUCUCGACCUGACGUACCGCUGGUACCUCAACGACGAGCCCGUGCCCGGCGACUUCACCACUGAGCUGGUCAUCCACAACAUCUCUCGGCGGUACCACGACGCCAUCGUCAAGUGCGAGGUCCACAACCCGGUCGGCAAGAGCGAGGAGUCGGAGACGCUCGACGUAAACUAUGGGCCCAAGUUCCGCAGCCGACCGCGCAGCGUGCAGGCGGACCCCGGCUCCACGGUGACGCUGUCCUGCGACGUCGACGGCAACCCGCCCGCGGACAUCGUUUGGAUACACGACGACGGCACCUCCAAGGUGGUGGGCACGUCGGUGAACCUGACGCUGGACGUGGAGCGGCACACGGCGGGCCGGUACUACUGCAAGGCGAGCGUGAUGGGCUUCCCCGAGGUGGGCGCCGAGGCGACGGUCUACCUCAAGGGCCCGCCCACCAUCAGCAGCCAGCGCACGCAGUUCGGCCAGCAGGGCGACACGGUGCGGCUCGAGUGCGUCGCCUACUCCAUCCCCAAGCCGGACCACGUCAUGUGGACGUUCCGCGGCGCCGAGCUCGACCCGGGCGACAGCGACUACACGCUGCUCGAGGAGCCCACGGCCGACGGCAUCCGCAGCGCGCUCGUCAUCCGCGACGCGCAGGACCGCCACUUCGGCGCCUACAACUGCUCAGUCACCAACCCCUACGGCAGCGACAUGGUCGAGAUACUGCUCAAGCCGCAGAAAAAUUUCCCACUGCUGAUGAUCCUGACCGGCGUGAUCGGCGGCGUGAUAGUGAUCAUCGUCAUCGCCAUGAUCAUCAUCCUGUGCCAAAGGCGGGAGAAGAAGCCGAAAGUGGGUUCGAGCACGGCAGACAGCAGGGAGGCGGAGAAGCAGUGCAAGGAGUCGGACCGGUCGUCCAACAUCUCCGACCUGAAGAUGGAGCUGCGCACCGGGUCGUCGGUGAGCAACGUGCACUGCGAGCUGGAGUACGGGCCCGACUCGGAGACGGGCAGCGAGAGCGUGGUGACGCGCGUCGGCGUGCCGCUCGCCGGGCCCGUCGCGCUGCCCGUCAACGGCGGCGACGCGCUCUACCGCUACUCGGCAGAGUUCAGCGACCAGCCCUACCCCAACAAGGACGGGCAGAACAACAACGGAUACGUGCCGUACGUGGACUACUCGCGCGAGUACACGCCGCCGGCGACGCUGGCGCUGGAGACGAGCCGCGAGUCGCUGGGCGCGCCCGUCGACCCCCGCUACUCCGCCGUCUACGGCAACCCCUACCUGCGCGCUCCGCCCGCCGGCGCCGCCACGCUGCCGCUGCCGCUGCCGCUGAGCGCGCAGCAGCCGGUGGGCGCGCCCGCGCCGCCCCCCUACUCCACCGCCGCCGCCGCCUCCGCAGCCGCCGCCGCCGCCGCCUCCGCAGCCGCCGCCGCUGCCGCCGCCUCCGCUGCCCGCAACGGCGCGGUGCCGCAGGUGGCGCGCCUGCCGUCGUCGCCCACGUCGCAGUACAUAGUGCCCAGCUCGCAGCCGGCCGCCGUCAAACGGGGCACGCUGGCCACGCACGUAUAAUGCCGACUCCCCCCGCGGGCGCCCCACCUCCAGGUCCUCGCGAUUGUCGAAAGAGCUUCCACUCGGUAAACCCUCCCCCCCCCCCUUCCUCACCUCCACCCAGAACACUACUCCCCCAAAGUCGCGCGCGGAUACCAAAGACUUUUUAAACGUAAAAUAAAAUUUCCAAAUAACUUCCUGUACGAAGUGCAAAGAGACGCUGUCGUGGUAUAUUUUUCUUUCCGUGAAAGAACGUAGCAUGUGCAGGUGUUCGCCGUUUGAAAAAAGAGGUGUUAGAAGCAGUGCGUGUGCUCUGACCCGAGAGUCUCCCGCUGACGUUCUGUUUGUGGCUGCCGAGACUUGACUUGUGCCAUAACGCGAGAGACGAUGCAAGUAGUGAGCGAGGAGUUAUCUAAACUCCAGUAGUGGCGAGGUAACCACCAUCGACAGGCUUCAGCCCGCUUCGAUGUAAUGUACUGGCCGACCUAAGGCUUAUUGUAUCGCUCUGUUUCUAUACGCAUUGCAGCCGAACUUAACUCGUAUGUAAAUAUCUUAACUGUGAUUUGAAUAAUAUUUUUAAUGUGUUUGCUAUCAGAUCGUCAUUUUGGAAUUUCUUCCACUUUGAGAAAAAAAAUGUUAAGUCCAUUAAAUAAACAAAAAUAAGAAAUUUAAAAAAAAGAAUGAAAAGUAUUCGGGCCUAAUUAUUCAGCUUUUGGACUCUGUGUCAUUUUUUUUACAAUGGAGAGGAAAAAAAAGUACGAGGAUCUAUCGAGUUAGUUGCCAAAUGGCUUGUAGUCAGACUUUAUACUCCAUGUCAAUUGUACCAGGGCUGUAGGUAAAGCGGAGGACACGAACGAGACUCCAGUGCUAUUAAGACGUCUUGUCUAGCGUUCCGAGUGUUUUAUCGCAUCGAUUUGUUACUCACAGUUGGUUAUUUUUGUAUUGUAGCGGGCACUCAAGACAAAGUUAGAUCGACCGAGAAUACGACUUAUAGCGAUCUCCCGUCCCUCCUGCUAAUAAAGUUGACCGUUAAAAGAGGAUGAAUUUUUUUAUAAUGUUGCAGGCCAGUCUGUCUGGCCCUAAAGUAGUGGUGCCAGAGGUCGUUUUAUGAUCAAUUGUGUUGAUCUGUGUAGAGUGCAUUCAUUCUGGAAAAAAAAGGAGGACAAGAUAUAUGCUGCUGCUACAGCCGUGUUUCUAGAACAAGAAACGAAAUGGUUAAUUGUGUUGAUACAAUAAUUAUUUUAUGCUACGGUUGCUGUUGAAUGAAGACUGCCUUUAGCACAGCGUGUUAAAUGUUGUGUGUUUGGGCCUAAUUGUUUUUAUAUAGUUCUCUCUCAUAUAAUAUAUAUGUGUGUGUAAAUAUGUACAUGACUGUAUAAAAAUAUUUGCCAGAGUCGUGUAAAUUUUAUUAAGUUAAUAAAAUGGAAGCACAGCAACGAAAGAAUUCCGCUAUCAGAAGCUUAAAAGUCUUUCUCUACUGUGAGUAGCUCUGGACUGUUCCUACGCGAAAUAAAUACUAGAGUUCAAGCAUUCACUGUUAACCAUUUCUUGUUGAAGGUGUUGUUUAAGUGGUGACGUUGAAUGUGUUUCCAACAAGUAAGAAACAUUCCUCAGUAUUUUAAGGAAAUUCAGGUUAUUAGAAUGUUAUUUAGAUAGCCUUUUAUAUAUAAAAAAGAACGUUGCCUAUGGCCCUGAUUCAUUCGAUUGUAGAUUCAUUUCUGUUUCUAUUGAACUUGACUCAACGUCGUCAUUUUUUCUUACACACUUUUUGGAUUUCAAAGGAGAAAACUGUCCUAAUAAAGCAAUAUGAGACUUU